AUGCAUACAGUGAACUUGCGGGAGAGGAUGGUACCAACAGUGCUGAAUCACUUCUUUGGAAAUCUUUCAAAAACUACAAUGGCACCAACAACGGUAGAUGGCGACAAAGAUUUUGGUGGCUUGGUGAGUUUGAUAGGGAAUUCUGUGAGGGAAAUCAAUGACGAGUAUGUGAGAAGGAUAAUAAUGGAUGAUGGUUUUGAGGAUUCAUACAAUAAGGAACGUGAAUCAACUAUAGAGGGUGAAAUAGAGUUCUUUGAGUUCAGUAGUUGGAGUAGAUUUCCAUUUUAUGAGGCUGAUUUUGGCUUCAGUGAGAACGUGAGCCGGAUCAUAAAAGCGCUGCUGGUGAAUGCAAAGAUUUCAAAGGACGCGAAGGAGACAGUGCAAGAGUGCGAGUCGGAGUUCAUCAGCUUCAUCACCAGCAAGGCCUCUGACGAUUUGCUUUUUGCUUUCAACCCAUUUGUUUCCUCAAUUUGA